CCCUGCCAGCCCAGAUCUCAGACAGCCACCUGUUUACAAAUCACCAUAGCCACGCUGUUCUUUGCUUGCCCAUUUCCUCCAUCUCAAACAGCCAGAUAGGCCCCUGCUUAGCUCUUCAGUGGUUGGCCUCCAGCGAGAGAGAACAGCUUCUGCUCAUGCCUGGUUCUGAGCAGAAGCCAGUGACUGACUCCCAGAGUAGCCAGAGUUAUAAUGGGGCCCGAAGGACAGGUCUCAGCCUUGGCUUCUAGAAAAGCAGCAGCUACCAGUGCUGGUGAACAGACGGUGCCAUGAGAGCAGACAGCACUGGCGCAGAUGAAGAGUAAAGGCUUUGCAAAAAACUAGCAAAGGGGAGCUGGGAACACAGGUCAGCAGCAGCACACGGAGUGUGGCGAGUUGGAUGGAGGGAUUUGCACUGUCCUGAGGUCUGGUGAGCCAGGGAAUGGCUUCGCUGGGAGACGAAAGCUGCUUUGAAGAAUGAAAGUCAAAGGUUCCAAGAAGAGAGUGGUGCACCCAGGGACACGGGCAGUAAGGGAAGAGCAUAGAGAAGAGACCACAGCCUCUUGUCCAAAUUGAUAAAAAAAAGUCUUAGUUCCUGACAUAAUGAUGCAUGCCUAUAAUACCAGAGCUCAGGGAGCCAAGCAGGAGAUGAGGUCAAAGCCAGCCUGAGCUACAUAGUGAGACCCUGUCUUGGAAGGAUGGAAAGGGGGUUCUUAAGCUCUCCAUCCACAUUUAUAAGGUACACACACCAUGUAGCCCAGCCGCCAUCAUGAAAAUUGAGUGCAAAGAACCUAUCACACCACAAACGUAAUAUGUGUUAGACACUACGCUAAAGGAUUUGUUUAUUUUGCUUUAUUUCUUGGGCUGCUGUUUGUUUUUGUUUGAGAAAGGAUCCCAUGUAGCCCAGGCUGACCUCAAACUUGCUAUGUAGCUGAGGAUACCUUGUUCUUUCUUCCUCCACAUCAGGAGAUUAUAGGUAUACACCACCACUGCUAGAAUUGGUGGUGAUGGUGGUGGUGGUGGUGGUGGUGGUGGUGGUGGUGGUGGUGGUGGUGGUGGUGGUGAAGGAGGAGGAGGAGGAGGAGGAGACGGGGGUCUCUGGCCCAAGACUUAUGGCAGUCCUGCCUCUCCUUCCAAAGUGCUGGUAUUACAGGCAUGAGUCACCAUGGUUGGCUGAGUUUUUAAAUAUUUGUUGUUCUCAGCAACUUCCUGGGAUGGGAACUGUAACUGUUGAGGAAGUCCUGGAUGACAAAGUCAGGCCUUUUAGAAGGACUGAAAGUUGAGUCUGGCUAAGAGCACUUGCUGCUCUUGCAGAGAAUCUGAGUUGGGUCCUCAGAACCCACAUAAUGUGGCUUAAAACCGUAGCACCAGCUCUAAAGGAUCCAGCACUUCCGCCAUGGGCACCUACAAAGAAAGCUGAAGCUCCCUCUCGGCCUCUUUACAAAGAAGGGACAGGUCUCGGGCUGGAGAGAUGGCUCAGCGGUUAAGAGCACCCGACUGCUCUUCCAGAGGUCAUGAGUUCAAUUCCCAGCAACCACAUGGUGGCUCACAACCAUCUGUAAAGAGAUCCGAUGCCCUCUUCUGGUGUGUCUGAAGACAGCUACAGUGUACUUAUAUAUAAUAAAUAAAUAAAUCUUUAAAAAAAAAAAAAAAAAAAAAAGAAGGGACAGGUCUCCAUUUGAACUCAAGGAGAGGACUUGGUGCUUCUAAGCACACUGCCGUGGUCAAGCGUUAGCAUUAUCUUAAACCGAGAGCCUGGAGCUUUGCGUAUCCCUCACGUGUGAGCAUCCCAAUUGCCACCCCUGGCUUGGCCUCUCACUGGCCUUGGAAUGGACAAAACAGGCAUAUGGCCUGAGGGACCCAUGUUGAGGCUUGGUCUGUUGCUGUGAAUGUAAUGCUGAAUUCUGUAUGAAAGCUUAGACCUACAAGUGAAUUCUCCUCCCAUUUACCAAUCUUUGUUGUGCAAACCUUGUUCCUUAAUUUAAAACUGUUGAGAUUUCCUCUGUCACCUCUUACUGUAAUACUUCAAUACUGGCCCGCUUGCCUCAGGGAAGAACAGACGCUCCUGUACACCUAGGGAUGCUAUGUGACCUUGCCUCCAGGUCACCCCUGAUUGGUGAAUAAAGAUGCCCACAGCCUGUAGCUGGGCAGAAGAGAGAUAGGUUUCGAAGGGACCUGCAGUGGAUCCUCUUUUGUGCUGACCUGCCGUCGCUCAUCCAGGAAGGCCCUCAGUAAGAAGCCACCGCCUGGAUUUGAGAGGGCUCCCACAGGCCAAGCACCCCCAAGCCCAGGCAUCCCAGGAAGGGAGGGAGACACAAAUCCUCAGGUUUUCAGCAUACCUCUCCCUUCCUCUGGGUCAGGGGAAUUCAGGAAAUACUUCGGGCAUGCUACAGAAUGGCCUCUCUCCCAGGUGUGGCCUGGUGGCCUUGUGGAUGGCAGGAGCUCUUCUUUCAACACCUGGCAGCAUCUCCUUGGAGAGACUAGUGCAGGUGGCCAAGGAGAGAGGCUACACAGCACAGGGAGAAAUGUUCUCUGUGGCUGACAUGGCCAAACUGGCCCAGGAGACUUUGGGCUGUCAGGCUGAGCUCCUUUGUGGUGGCCUGGGUGGUCCCAACAGAGAUCGAGUUCUACAGCACCUCAUCACCGGACAUCCCCUGCUCAUCCCCUAUGAUGAGGAUUUCAACCAUGAGCCAUGUCAAAAGAAAGGCCAUAAGGCCCACUGGGCUGUGAGUGCAGGGGUCCUGAUAGGUGUGCAGAAUGUGCCCAGCCCUGGCUACAUUGAAGACUCUGAGUUGCCAGGCCUCUUCCACCCAGUGCCUGGUGCACCCCACCAACCACCAUCCUUCCCAGAGGAAAGCUCCCCAAGUGCCAUCUUCCUUCUCUCCAAGCAGGGCAAGAGUUGGCAUUACCAGCUGUGGGACUACAGCCAAGUCCGGGAUAGCAACCUGCAGCUGACAGACUUCUCACCCGCAAGGGCUGCAGAUGGACGGGUGUACGUGGUACCUGCUGGUGGGGUACAGGCUGGCCUCUGUGGCCAGGCCCUGCUGCUCAGACCACAGGAGGGGAGCCAUUAGCUGGGGCCGGGACACCUGCUUUUAACUUCUCUCCAUCAACAUUAGAAUGCUUCAGCUCCAUCCCUUUAUGUGGCAUUUUCAGUCCAGCUCGUUCCAUCUGCCUAUAGUGAGUAUCUUGAAGACCAGAAGUCUUUCAAACAUUACCCCAUAUAUGGAGUCACAAGCUUCACCACUGUCCAAAGUCUAAACUAAUUACCUCCACAAUCGAGCAUUGCUUUGGCUAAGGGAAACUUGUUUUUGUGGAGGAUUUUUGGUUUUUAAAGCAUGAUCUCUGCCUUGGGGGUGGUAGCACAUACGUCUAAACCCAGCACUCAGAAGGUAGAGCAGUGGUUCUCAACCUGUGGGUCAUGCAGCCAGACUUUUACUACUGUUGGUUAUUCCACCUUUCAACCCUAACCAUAGACAGGGAAAAGGGGACGUCACCCUCCUUCAACUGCUGCCUGCAGAUGAGGGGCGGCAGGUUCCUUGGGGCAAGUUUGAUCUUUGCUGUCAGGAUAUCUAAUUUCUCUCUUUUUUAGAAAGAAUUAUUUAUUUUAUGUUACGCGUACACCGUAGCUGUCUUCAGACACACCAGAAGAGGGCAUCAGAUCCCAUUACAGAUGGCUGUGAGCCACCAUGUGGUUGCUGGGAAUUGAACUCAGGACCUCUGGAAGAGCAGUCAGUGCUCUUAACCACUGAGCCAUCUCUCCAGCCCCUCUGAUUUCUCCUUGUUUCUUCUUUGCACACAAGUACUUAACAAACCACAACCAGCAGCCCCUCAGCUCUCAGGCCCUGGACAUGUAUGUACCUUCUGAAAAGUCCCCAGAUCUCCGAAGGUCACAGUCUCAGAAACAAUUUGCAAAUGGUAAAAUCACACCCCUGCUAGAAUGUGAGGCCAAUCAGCUGCUGUGGACGGUCUGGAGCAGCCCCAUAUUCCACAGCUGGGAUUAAAAUGAAAACAUAUUCCCAUAAUAUUUCUGUGUUUUUCAAAGGAACAAAAAUUCUCACUACUGAGUCAUGACACCUUUGGGUGUCAAAAGAUCCUUUUACAGGGUUGCCUAAGACCAUUCGAGAAAAUAUAUUCACUUUAUGAUUCAUAACAGUAGAAAGAUUAUAGCUAUGAAAUAAUGCUGAAAAUAAUCUGAUGGCUGGGGUCACCACAACAUGAACUUUAUUAAAGGGUUGCAGGAUUGGGAAGGUUGAGAACCUCUGAGGUAGAAGUAGCGAUAUCUGAAUUUGGAACCAGCCUGGUCUACAUAACAACCUCUAGGCCAGUCAGGGAGGCAUAGUGAGAGCUUAUCUCAAAAGCAAAACAGCAGUCUUACUAUGUAGCCCUGGAUGACCUACAACUCCCUAGGUAGUAGACCAGGUUGGCCUCAACCUCAGAGAUCUGCCUGUCUUUUCCUCCUGCAUGAUCCUACAUGCCCACCCUAGAAGACUCUUGGUAACUCAGACCCUAGUCAUGGCCCUUCCACCUGGUCUAUCUUUGGGGGCACUUUUUAAGACACUGAGUUCACCAAGCACCUUCAAGAGCCUGGACACACUGCUUGUCCCCAUUCCCAUUCACAGACAGGAAUUAACCUUCCUUCUCCUUGGCACAUGCAGGCUACCUGACUGCUAUGGUGGCCUUUCAGAUAGAGACUGCAGGUGCCAGUGCCAGCCUUGAGCUGACUGAUGGCCACUCUCCUUAAGCUGGCAGAUGGCUUAGUGGCUAAGGGUGCUUGUGGAGCCUGAUGACCCAGGGCAGAGCAGGAACUGGUUCCCACAGGUUCCCUCCUCACCUCCAUUUGCUGUGGUACAUGCACAUUCACAGAAAUGCAAAUAAAAAGAUUUUUUAACCCUUA